GAGAAAGAGAGAGAAAAUAAUUCCAUUUUUAAAAUCUAUUUUAUUUAUAAACAAUUUCCACAAACAAACACGAAAACGAAUCGUCCAAGGAAUCGAAAUCAUCUGAUACUUAAUAUUAAUAGUUUUUAUUUUAUUUUAUUUUAUUUUUUAAACUAAAUAAUAAAUAAUAUUUUUAUUUUUAUUUUUAUUUAAAUUCUCUCUCUUUCUUUCUCGGUCUUUUUAUUAUUAGUUAAGGUCUGGUUUUGUUGAGCCCUAGAUCUUGAACACCAAAUAAAGAAAGUUUCAGAUUCAAGAUCUUUAAAUCGAAAGACUUCAAGUCUCUACCUCCCUUGAUCGGAUAUCUGCUUCUCUUUCUCUUUCAGCUCAGUCUCAGAUUAUUGAACAAUUAUUAAUUCUUUAGAUGUAAAGAAUUGCAUUAUGUGGAGGUAGAUAGAGCUUGUGAUAUCUUUAUGCUGAGUAAGAUAAGAUGAAGUCGGUUAAAGCAUGGCGUGUAGGCAACAUGGGGGAUCUACAGAUUUUGCCGGGGACUCGCCACCGUCCUCCAUUGAAGAGGCCGGUGUGGAUUAUUGGGUUGGUCUCAUUGGUUAUUCUGUUUCUAGUUUGUGCUUACAUAUAUCCACCCCAUAGUCGCGGUGCCUGUUACAUGUUCUCUUCUAGAGGUUGUGCCUUAACUGAUUGGCUUCCACCAGUUCCGGUAAGGGAACUGACGGAUGAAGAGAUCGCAUCUCGAGUUGUUAUUAGGGAUAUUUUGAACACGCCUCCUGUUCGGUCCAAAAAUUCUAAAAUCGCUUUCCUAUUCUUGACUCCUGGUCCAUUGCCUUUUGAGAUGCUAUGGGAUAAGUUUUUUCAUGGUCAUGAGGGUAGAUUUUCAGUAUAUGUCCAUGCAUCGAGGGAUAAACCAGUGCAUUUUAGUCGAUACUUCAUUAAUCGGGAAAUACGGAGUGACCAGGUUGUCUGGGGAAGAAUUUCAAUGGUUGAUGCAGAGAGAAGAUUAUUGGCAAAUGCUCUCAAAGAUCCUGAUAAUCAGCAUUUUGUGUUACUUUCUGAUAGUUGUGUACCCCUGCAUGAUUUUGACUAUGUCUACAACUAUCUGAUGUACUCAAAUAUGAGCUUCAUUGACUGCUUUGAGGAUCCUGGUCCACAUGGCAAUGGCCGGUAUUCUGAACACAUGUUGCCGGAAGUUGAGAUUAAAGACUUUAGAAAGGGUGCACAGUGGUUUACAAUGAAGCGGCAGCAUGCUCUCAUAGUUAUGGCUGACAGUCUUUACUACUCUAAAUUCCGUGAUUACUGCAAGCAUGGUGUGGAUGGUAAAAAUUGUAUUGCUGAUGAGCACUACUUACCAACCUUUUUCCACAUGAUUGAUCCUGGUGGAAUUGCCAACCGGUCGGUUACUCAUGUUGAUUGGUCUGAAAGGAAGUGGCAUCCAAAAUCUUACAAGUCUCACGAUAUUUCUUAUGGACUUCUUAAGAAUAUUACGUCAGUCGAUACGAGUGAGCAUGUAACAAGUGAUGACCAGAGGACAGUGCUGUUGCGGCCUUGCCUAUGGAAUGGUAUCCGACGGCCAUGUUACUUAUUCGCCAGGAAAUUCUACCCAGAUACCCUCAAUAACUUGUUAAACCUUUUCACCAAUUAUACGACACUAUGAGAAAUAUUUUUGACUCUUAUAUUCUUUGGUCGGUUGCUUUCGACCCCUUCUCUCUCCAUCUUGGCUCUCCAUUUCAAAGUUGUAAAUUGCCACAUUAUUAUUGAGGUUGGAAUGUUCCCUUUCCACAAUUCUUAAGUGCAAGGGGCAACAUGGAGAGCUAUUAGAAUUGACUUGAGUUUUUCAGGCUGGAGGCUAACUUAGUGUUGCUUCCUUGGGGCUGGGUAAUUUGUUGUCCAUUUUUUCUUUUUUCUUCCUU